AUCUACUUGUGAGUCGGUAAAAUAAGACGACGACAUGCCUUUAUUCGUAGCGGUACUGACCUUAGUUGUCCUUGUGUUGCCAUCUUCUUCGCCGGCCAUUGCUCUUAGCCUGAAUCACUACGAGAAAACCUGUCCCGACGUCGAGUCGAUAGUUGCAAAAGCUGUCAAGAGUGCCACUGUGAAGGAUAAGACGGUCCCUGCUGCCCUUCUCCGAAUGCAUUUUCAUGAUUGCUUUAUAAGGGGUUGUGAUGCUUCUGUGCUGUUGUACUCGAAGGGAAACAAUAAAGCCGAAAAAGACGGACCUGCAAAUCUUUCAUUGCAUGCGUUCUAUGUUGUAGAAAAUGCAAAGAAAGAAGUUGAAGCACAGUGUCCUGGUGUAGUUUCGUGUGCUGAUAUUUUGGCUUUUGCUGCAAGGGAUGCUGUUGUGCUAUCCGGAGGUCCUACGUGGGAUGUGCCUAAGGGAAGAAAAGACGGGAGAACGUCGAAGGCUAGCGAAACCAUACAAUUGCCAGCUCCAACCUUCAACAUAUCUCAACUGCAGCAAAGCUUCUCUCAGAGAGGCCUAUCUAUGGAUGACCUAGUAGCUCUUUCAGGUGGAUUUCAGGAAUUCAAGUUGUUGGAACGACUUGGGGAAGGAAGCCAGCCUACCGCCAUAAUCGGCGAAGUUGCUGAUGACAUGAACUUGGAUCUUGAGGUGAUGAGCAUGGAAGCCAUUCAUUCCAAGCAUGUGGAUGCAAAUCUGCUGGCUGAGUUCGUCCCGUGUCCUGUUCUACUUUUACCAUUGUAG